UCUUGGAUUGAUUGAGUGAUUUAUGCGCAUGGCGACGACGCAUUCGUGGGCAGUGUCGUCGAGAUUCUGCCUGGGGCGCGGCAGGGGCGCGGGAUUGGAUCGCGCGGCUGCGGGCGCCGCGUCGUGUAGGAUCAGGAGCGAGGGGUUUGCGGCGAAAUGCAGGCGAUGCGUGAGGGUAAUGGCGGCGGCGGAGGAGCCCGCGCGGCCGGAGAUGUCGUUUGAAAGCGCGCUGGAGCUGCUCGGGGUCAGGGAGGGCGCCUCGUUCGACGAGAUUCUCCAGGCCAAGAAGGCGCUCAUGGAAAAGAGCAGUGGAGAUCAAGAGCGUGCUCUCCAGGUGGAAGCGGCCUACGACACACUGCUCAUGCGGCGAUUGAUGAAGCGACGGGCCGGCGAAGUGGCCGACAGUACCGUGCUGUAUGCUGACGUGAGAAAGAGGAGUUCAUCAUCCUCGGCUUCCAAGAGUGGAGGAAUUCCUGGAGUAAACUGGCUCAAGGGAGCUCUCGCCAACAUCCGAGUGACCAUCGAAGCCCCAACCAGCAAUCUUCUCGCUACUCAAACAGCAGUCUAUGGUGGCCUUGUUGCAUGGACUUACUUCAGUGGAAUGGACAGUUCCUCGUCCUUUGGAGGGGGAGUAGCGGCAGAUUCCACAGGAGUCACUCUGGCAAUUGGUUUUGGAGCGUCUCUUUACUUCCUUCGUCAGCAGAACCUCAAGCUAGGGAAGGCAGCAGCGAUCACUACAGCAGGCCUGGUUGCCGGCGCCCUGGUGGGAAAUGUGCUAGAAUCGUGGCUUCGAGUGGACAUUGUCCCAGUGGCGGGGAUAAGUUCUCCCGCAGUGAUGGUGAGCGAGUGUGUUCUUCUCUCGUUAUGGCUCGUGUCGUUAUAUUUGCGAUGAAAUUACCACUAAUUACCGUA